GUAGAUGCAGAAACAAAACAAGAAGUAACUUUCAACGAGCUCCGCAGAACGAGCGCCACGAUUGCCCUAUCUUUACUAUCACGUGGUAUAGUGCCAAGUGACGUCAUAACCCUUAUCGAAAAAACAUCUUUGGAAGCCUUUUCAGUUGCAAUAGGUACAUUAUUCUCUGGAUCAGCUAUUAAUGUUUUAGACGCUGGAUGGACUGCAUCAACUGUGUUACCAGCUCUCAUACCAUUGCUGAAACCAAAAAUUAUAUUCUGUCACGUGAGUGCUGAGGAAAUUCUGAUCCCAGUAAUCAACGGCAAUGGGUUGGAGGACACACAUAUUAUUAUUUAUGGAGGUGACUCUAAUUAUGGAUAUCAGACUUAUGAGGAGUUGGUGGAGGAGUUUGGACAGUCUGAGGAUUUGGAUACGUACAGGCCUACAACCAUCGAGGACAUUCACAAGACGACAGCAGCAAUUUCUUGUACAAGUGGAAGCACAGGGACUCCAAAAGGUGUUAUGGUACCACAUGCAGCCUUGCACCAACUGAUUACACCUUUAAGAGAAGCCGAUCUAAACGGCAUGACAGUCUUCACAAACUCCGGUAUGUCUUGGGGCUCCGGAUUAUUCAUAUUAAUCUCCGGAUUAAUCGGCGGAGCCAGACGAGCUUUUACCAAAGAACCAUUUAACGAAGAAAACUUAUUAAGAAUUAUGCGCGAAUACAAGCCAGGCCUGAUGCUACUAUCUUCUUACCAAUUGUCUCUGAUGAAUUUGUAUUUACAAGAUAAGGAAGAUCUUGCAGAACCAUUUGGAGAUGUAAUGUUGCUGUUUGCUGUUGGUUCCAAAUUGUCACCACAACAGGUCGAAACUAUGCAAAAACAUUUGAAAAAUGGUAAAUUGGUGGUUUCUUAUGGAUUGACUGAAUGUAUGGGUGGAACUACUACUAUAACUUGUGCAGAAUAUAGACCAGGAACUGUUGGACACGUUUUGAUGAACACAGAACUAAAGAUUGUGGAUACUUCUACAGGAGAAACUUUAGGGCCAAAUCGGCAAGGUGAGAUGUAUCUACGUGGCCCUACAAUGUUAGGGUAUUAUGGUCGUCCUGAAGCAACUUCUGAAGUUUUGGAUCCAGAAACUGGUUGGUUUAAAACUGGUGACAUCGGUUAUUAUGAUGAAGAUCACUAUGUGUACGUCACUGAUAGAAUUAAGGAGAUUGCCAAAUACAAAGGAAUUUAUAUAAAUCCAAGUGAUAUAGAAAUUGUGAUAUCAAGACAUCCUUCUGUAAGAAGUUGUGCAGUGGUUUCUGUACCAAAUGACGAAGUUUGCGAUUUGAUGGUCGGUUUUGUUGAACUUUUACCAGAUUACAAAGACAAGGUUACUGCCCAGGAAUUGGAAAUAUACACCAAUGAAAAUGUCCAGGAUUACGAGAAACUCCGAGGUGGUUUAUACAUUUUGGACGAACUACCAGUUUUGACCCAUGGCAAAAUUGCUAAAGCUUUGCUCAAGCAAAAAGCAAAAGAAAUGCUGAACGAGAUCAUGAGCAAAUUUAAUAACAAAUUGUUAUCUAGAAU